GCCCUGCGCUAAAGCUGGGCGGGGGGCGGGGACUGGACUUAAUUCCGAGAGAGAAAUACGCAGGGCUCGAGCCUUCCGCAAUUCACAGAGCCCUUUUACGCAAGUGACGUCAAGCACCACUGUUGGCUGCGAGGAGGGAGGGGCACGUACUUGGCGCAAGGAGGUCGUAGAGCGUUCCCGCCAUUGGCGGCGGUUAGGGCGUUUACGCAACGGCCUGACGUAGGGCAGGACGCGUUAGUCGGGGGGAAGGUUCUAGAAAAGCGGCGGCAGCGGCUCUAGCGGCAGUAGCAGCAGCGCCGGGUCCCGAGUGGAGGUGCUCUUAGCGGUGUUGUUUCUCGAGCAGCGGCAGUUCUCACUACAGCGCCAGGACGAGUCCGGUUCGUGUUCGUCCGCGGAGAUCUCUCUCAUCUCGCUCGGCUGCGGGAAAUCGGGCUGAAGCGACUGAGUCCGCGAUGGAGAAAACUUUAGAAACUGUUCCUUUGGAGAGGAAAAAGAGAGAAAAGGAACAAUUCCGUAAACUCUUUAUUGGUGGCUUGAGCUUUGAAACUACAGAAGAAAGUUUGAGGAACUACUACGAGCAAUGGGGAAAACUUACAGAUUGUGUGGUCAUGAGGGAUCCUGCAAGCAAAAGAUCAAGAGGAUUUGGUUUUGUAACUUUUUCAUCCAUGGCUGAGGUUGAUGCUGCCAUGGCUGCAAGACCACAUUCAAUUGAUGGACGAGUGGUUGAGCCAAAACGUGCUGUUGCAAGAGAGGAAUCUGGAAAGCCAGGGGCUCAUGUAACUGUGAAGAAGCUAUUUGUUGGUGGAAUUAAAGAAGAUACUGAGGAACACCAUCUUAGAGAUUACUUUGAGGAGUAUGGGAAAAUUGAUACCAUUGAGAUAAUUACUGAUAGGCAGUCUGGAAAGAAAAGAGGCUUUGGAUUUGUUACUUUUGAUGACCAUGAUCCUGUGGAUAAGAUUGUGUUGCAAAAGUACCAUACCAUCAAUGGUCAUAAUGCAGAAGUGAGAAAGGCUUUGUCUAGACAAGAAAUGCAGGAAGUCCAAAGUUCUAGAAGUGGAAGAGGAGGCAACUUUGGUUUUGGAGAUUCUCGUGGUGGUGGUGGAAAUUUUGGACCAGGACCUGGAAGUAACUUUAGAGGAGGAUCUGAUGGAUAUGGAAGUGGUCGUGGAUUUGGGGAUGGCUAUAAUGGGUAUGGAGGAGGACCUGGAGGUGGCAAUUUUGGAGGUAGCCCUGGUUAUGGAGGAGGAAGAGGAGGAUAUGGUGGUGGAGGACCUGGAUAUGGCAACCAGGGUGGGGGCUACGGAGGUGGUUAUGACAACUAUGGAGGAGGAAAUUAUGGAAGUGGAAAUUAUAAUGAUUUUGGAAAUUAUAACCAGCAACCUUCUAACUAUGGUCCAAUGAAGAGUGGAAACUUUGGUGGUAGCAGGAACAUGGGGGGACCAUAUGGUGGAGGAAACUAUGGUCCAGGAGGCAGUGGAGGAAGUGGGGGUUAUGGAGGGAGAAGCCGAUAUUGAGCUUCUUCCUAUUUUGCCAUGGGCUUCACUGUAUAAAUAGGAGAGGAUGAGAGCCCAGAGGUAACAGAACAGCUUCAGGUUAUCGAAAUAACAAUGUUAAGGAAACUCUUAUCUCAGUCAUGCAUAAAUAUGCAGUGAUAUGGCAGAAGACACCAGAGCAGAUGCAGAGAGCCAUUUUGUGAAUGGAUUGGAUUAUUUAAUAACAUUACCUUACUGUGGAGGAAGGAUUGUAAAAAAAAAAAAAUGCCUUUGAGACAGUUUCUUAGCUUUUUAAUUGUUGUUUCUUUCUAGUGGUCUUUGUAAGAGUAUAGAAGCAUUCCUUCUUUGAUAAUGUUAAAUUUGUAAGUUUCAGGUGACAUGUGAAACCUUUUUUAAGAUUUUUCUCAAAGUUUUGAAAAGCUAUUAGCCAGGAUCAUGGUGUAAUAAGACAUAACGUUUUUCCUUUAAAAAAAUUUAAGUGCGUGUGUAGAGUUAAGAAGCUGUUGUACAUUUAUGAUUUAAUAAAAUAAUUCUAAAGGAAAUUGUGUAAUUAUAGACUUUUUAUUUUAAAUAAGUUAAGGAGUGGGUAGUAUAAUUAAGGUCCAUUGCAAAGCUGUUGUUAUAUUUGUGUAAGAUAAAUGCUGGUCAGAGAUAAAAGUGUGUUGUCUGCAAUUCAUCAGGAUUAAAUUACCUAGAUAACUUAAGGGAUAUCUCUGCAAGGAGAAACACCUUUUUAGAUCUUUUAGAUGCUGCUUCUUCAAUGCAAGGAAAGGAAAUAACCCCAGCGAGGUACUCUUCAGGGAUACAGGUCUAGUACAAGAAAACUCUUGACGGCUACUAAGUUCAGCCAGUCUUAAGAAACUGUGCUGUUUCUACAAAGCUUUAACUACAGUAGUUUAUAAGGAUGCCAACGAAAGCUGAGGGUGUAGAGCAAAAUAGUUCUAAGCUUCAGUUAAACUUCUUUAGGUAAGAUCUCAUUUACUUUUCCUUUCUUAAUUCUCCUCCCCAAAAGAUAAACUAAUACUCUUCAAUGAUCUUUCAGUAUAGUGGUUCUCACGUAGUUUAACAUAGCUUAUAAAUUGAGUUUAACAAUUUAUAAACUCAAGAGAAUAAUUUUAUAAACCCUGUUUUCCAAUCUGUCAUUUACUUAAAUUAUUUCGGUUGUUUUUCCUUUUUUUUCCUCCUUUCCCAUCCCCCUCCCCCUCUAUGAAGAUUCAGGUGCUUAACAUAUCAUUUUUUUCCCUGCUGGAAUUUUAGCAUUGAUAUGAACCAUGGACAAGUAUAUUCUGCUGCCACAAAGACUGUAAAGUGCUUCAUUUCAACAGCUGAGGCAAGCCAAGUGAUCAUUAAUAAAGCUUUUCUUGGUUCCUUCAGUGGUGUUGGUAGUAAAAUGGUAGGUAAAAGUUAGGCUGCAAGUUCAAUAAAUCAUGAAAUUUCCCAUCGUUACAUCCAUGUGUAUUCACAUUUCUUGGAUAUCGAGCAUUUUGAGUGAAAUAGGGAUUUUUAUUAAAAAUAAAGAUGUUUUGUUGUUCUGUUAUUUUGAUAUGGUUCUAGUUUACAUGCCUAUCAGGAUAUCAGGCUAAGGAGGAGGUAUGGCAAGACGGCUGAAUAUUUUCAGAUAAUUUAUAUUUAUGAAUAAAAUGCCUAUAAACCCUGUAUGUAUCCAGUACUAAAUACUUGAGUUUAAAUGUAAUUCUUUCCCAGUUCCCUAGCUUAUAGGAGAGGAAUAAUAGGUUGGCUGCUGAAAUUUCAUUUCUUAAAUGUCAUCAGAGAUUGAUUGCCUGGCUUUAUUGCCUUUUCAGGAAUGUGAUGAUCAGGGCAUACUCUACUGUAUGUACCUGUGAGUCUUCUUUGAUCCUAAGACCACCACUGAAGUUAUUUAGGUUCUUUGGACAAACAUGAUAAACUUCUUCAGAUACUUUUUUUUUCCUUUGGCAGGAAGGUGUCUUGCUGCAGGUAACUAAUGAAGAAGUGGUCAACCACAGAGUCUUCAAGAAAUAAGAAAUUCUGUACCAUCUGAAAGUAGUUCUGUUGGUGCCUUCAUUUUAAAAAAGCACUAUUUAAAAUUAAAGGGAAAUGUUUUCUGAUAAAAUAACAAGACUUAUUUAGUAUAGGUUCUUAAUAUAAAAUAAUUACAAAUUCAGUGUUGUUUGUAAAAGUAACAUCAGAUCAGCUAGAGAAAUGUAUCAUGUUUUGAACUAGGUUUUGUGAGUAGAGAGAUUAAAAUUUAUUUUAAAUAUAAAGUUUUAUAAAAUAAAUACUUUUGUAUUCAAAUAUUUGGUGUAAUGUUUACACAUAAAAUGUGAUUCUUGUUCUAUGAACAUUGAGUUGUCUAAAGGAUUGCCAUCCCCUAGAUUUUUAAAACAGUUUCACAAAGCAAUGCAUAUUCCCUUUUCCUUUCAGUAUUGAUAGACAAAUGAGAAAAGCAUUGUGGACGUUAUUGGCUGUCCCUAAUAAAAUGCCAUUCUUUAUA